AGGUGGGGUUCAGCAACGACUACGACGCGCAUUCCACGGUGAUAUUCAUCACCCUCGCGAAGGACCGACGUCCCCAUGAUCAUGAGCGAGAUCGCCGCGCUGUUCCGGAAGCACAGCGUCUCGAUCCACAAGUGUGAGAUAGAGCCGCUGCCGGACGACGGCGCCAAGCACAUAUACCAUGUGAGGAGCGCGAGGACGCAGGUGCAGCUGAUCGAGUUCGAGUGUGAGCGCCUCAAGGAGGAGAGCUCGAGGGCCUGUUCAGCUUUGGCGAGUCCGUCAUCGGCCAGUCCUCGCUGGACUCCCGAGCGCUGCCCCGCCAGGAGACAACAGCAGGGUCUUCGGGGAGCUGGAGAGGAGGUCCGCGACCCGGACCAGAAGUUGGAGCAGAAGCUGGACAAGAUGCACGAGCUGCUCGCCCAGCAUGCCCAGACGAGGA